UUGUCGAACAUAGUACAACAAAAUAAGUUUAUUCUUGAUUUCUAUGGCGGAAUCUCAAAAAUGGAAUCUAAUCAAGCUACAUUCAAUCACUAUCAAACUACAUUUAAAGAAGUAGCCGUUGUUCUAGAGGAUGACAAUCAAGUAUUAAUGAAAAAAUGUUUGAAUUGUGGUUUUAUUGUCAGGAACCAUUCCUUUUCAAAGUUAAAUCAUUGGAAAAAUUGCCCAAUUAAAUGGUUUUUUAAAUACGACAAUCAGAAGGAGACUGAAAGAAGUUUUUCUGCCAUUUGUUUGAUAUGUCAUUUGAGAAUCACAACAACAACUUAUCUUGACAUGUUAAAUCAUUAUAAUACAAAGUGUCGAUUCCAACUGCAAGGUAUUACAAAUAAUAGCCCAAAUCCCAAUGACAUUCUGACGCAAUAUGAUGGACAACCAGAUGAUGUUCAAUUCUUUCAUGAAAGCGUCGUAAGUCAACGUGAAAUUGAUGGACAACGGAAAUUAUACGCUCAUAAUACUGCAUAUGCCCUAGUGCCUGGAUUUAAAUGUAAAUAUCAGCCUUCAAGCCACGGUUUAGAACGAAUUGGUGAAUGUCAGCAAUGUUUGAAAACAUGGAAAAAACCAGCAUCUAAAAAUCUCAUUGCGCACAGAAAUGUUUGUCCAUUACCAACCCAAUUAUUACUCACCGUUUCCACACAAUCAACAUUACAGCCAUUUGAUAUGACUAUAUCAUCAUCUAUGCCAAAUGAAAAUGAUGGAAAUUAUACAUUUGUCGAAAAAUUAAAUAAAAAGUGCUUUAUAUGUGACACAACCGUUAGCGAAUCGUUCGUUAGUUUAUAUGACACGUUAUCAAAACAUUCACAAACACAAAUUUUUGAAUUUGUUUGGAAGUUUUUGGAUAAUCAUCCCUCCGUACGAGAUGAUUCGAUUGAUGCAGCGAAUUCUGAUUGGAGUUCAAUUUGUGCGAACUGCCUAGACAAAAUCAAUCAAUACGAUUUGGCUUGUGAGACAGCGAACAAAUUAGAACAUGAACUCAGAAACGUUUUAUCACACACAGAAGCAAGUUAUACAAAUCAACAAAAUGUAAUUCGUCAAACUGAAGAGCUAUGUGAAAAUGAUGUAUUUUGCAAUGAAGACAACCAAAUCGAUAUGGUUGUUAAUGUAGACCCAGAACAUUCAGCACGUACAGAAAUAGACAACGAAGGACGUUGUAUUAUAGAAUUAAGUGACGAUGGGGAAGAAAAUAUAGAAAAUACCUAUGUUGAUGCAGAAGAUUUAUCUGAGCCAAUAGUGCUAAGCGACACAGAUUGAACAUUAUAAACUAUGAAUAUAUAUAUUUUUGGUUCAAAUUACAAUUUUUAUAUUGAUGCAGAGUAAUAAAAGUAAUUUUUGAAAUCUCA